ACUAAUCGUACAACAACCAAACUUUAAUAAUACAACCAAAACUAUAACUUAAAAAUAAAUAAAAAUAACAACACUAGAAAUAAAACAAAAGAUAUUUAUAAUUACGUUGCACCUUCAUUCUUCACUUGGCAAAACUGUCCACAUCUUACUAUUCAUUUUCUCUCUCCUCCCUCACUCCCCCUAGCCUAGCCUAUCCAUCUAUCUAUACAUACAAACCCUUCAAAAACAAACACCUAAAAAAAAAAACAUAAAACAAAAUAAAAUAAUUUCACUUGAAUUUCAUUUUCUCUCUCCUCUUUAAACCGCCUCCCUCUUUUUUAGCUUGUGAGCUGCUCUCUACUCCACUUAGCCACCUCUUCCUUACUUUCUCUCUCCUCUUUUUCUUCUUUCUUUCUUUUAAUACCCUUCAAUUUCAACAGAUCUCUUUCAGUAUUCACACUUUCUUACAUUAUGAACAAGCAAGAUUUCUUAAAAACCCAGAGUUGUGUUCUUAGAGUGAACAUACACUGUGAUGGCUGCAAAAGUAAAGUCAAAAAAAUCCUCCAGAAAAUUGAUGGAGUUUAUAAAACAGAAAUAAAUUCAGAGCAAGGGAAGGUGACGGUAACUGGGAGCGUAGACCCAGAAAUAUUAAUCAAAAAGCUUGAGAAAAAUGGCAAGCAUGCUGAGUUAUGGGGCCCAGCAAAAGGCUCUAACAACAACAAUAACAACUUCAUGAAUCAGUUUAUGAAUGUUAAUAAUCAGAUGAAGAACUUCAAUUUAGACGUGGGUAAAAAUGGAAAAGACAAUAACAAGAGUCAAAAGGGUGGAGGUGGUGGUGGUAAAGAUCAGAACAAAGGUGGACAACAACACCAGCAACAACAACAACCACCUCAGCAACAGCUGCAACAUUUGCAGUUUCUUCAGCAACAACUUCAGCAACAGCAGAUAAAAGCAGGGCAAGGUGCAAAAAUGAUGGCUGCUCCGCCGAAGGAGCAGCAGCAGAAGGCGGUGAAGUUUAUGGGUCCACCUGAGGAUGAUUUCGAUGACGAGUACGACGAUGAUGAUGAGUUUAGUGAUGAAUUUGACGAUGAGUAUGAUGAGGAUGAUUUGGAUGAUGAUGUUUUUGGUGGGGGGCAUCACCAGCAUCAGGCGGUGAAGAGUGGAGCUGUUAUGAUGGGUAAGGAAGGAAAAGGCGGUUCGGGUGAUAAUAAGAAGGGGAAGAAUGGAGGUGGUGGAGGUGGAGGUGGAGGUGGAGGUGGGGAUAAGAAGGGUAAAGAUGGAAAGGGUGGUAAGAAGGAAGGCGGUGGAAUGGCUAGUAUGAUUAAGGGUAUGUUAGGGGGUGGUGGUGGUGGAAAUAGUGAGAAAAAGAAGGGUAAUGAUGGAAAGAAAGAUGGUAAAAAUGGUGGGAAUAAUAACAAAGGAGGUGGUAAAAAUGGUGAGCAUGGAAAAAAUGGUGGGGGUGGGGGUAAACAAGGUGGAGGGGGUUUGGGUAAAGUGGUAAAACAUGUGACAUUUGAGAGUAAUAAUAAAGGUGGGGGUAAAAAUGGUGGUGGUGGUGGUGGUGGUGGUGGUGGGGGUAAAAAUGGAGGAGGGGGUAAAAAAGGAGGAGGCGGCGGUGGCGGUGGUGGAGGAGAAGGGAAUAUGAUGAGUAUGGGGCAAAAGGGUAAUUUCCCAAUGGCUCAAAUGGGAAUGGGCCCGGCCGCGGCAGGGUUACCAGCUACUCACAUGAUGAUGAAUGGUGGUGGGCCCGCAGGCGGAGGUGGUGGUGGGUAUUAUCAAGGGAUGGGUCCAGGUCAAGGCCCAAGUCCAGCCCAAUUCAAUUCCCAGCAACAGCAGUAUAUGGCAAUGAUGAUGAACCAGCAGAGGAUGAAUGGUGGCGAGGGUUAUGGGAUGAUGGCGCCGCAGGCGGCUCAGCCGAUGAAUAUGAUGUAUGGACGGCCACCGAUGGGGCCGAUGGGCUACGCACCUUCAAUGGUUCCUCCUCCGGGGUACCAUGACCCUUACACUUCCUAUUUUAGUGAUGAAAAUACUGAUAGUUGCAGUAUUAUGUAAAUUCUUCUCUGUAAUUUUUAAUUUUGGUAAUUUAUUUUGAGGAUAUGUUUUUAACUAGGUUAGAUUAAUUAAAAAUCUAGUGUGUGGGUUUUAGAGCCUAGUAAUUUAGUUUCAUGUGGGCUUUUAAAUUUUAUUUAGGGGUAAUUUAGUAUGAAUGUAGUGCUUUUAUUUAGUUCAACUUGAAGAGUUGAUAAUGAUAAGUGUCAUUCUCGUGUAAGAAGAAUAGGAAAUGGAAGUUUUUGUUUAUUGGUAAUAUAUGGUACUCCCACUAAUCCACUUGAAAUCUUUUA